ACAGGGAAUGAGAGAGGGGGGUUCAAUUCUAGAGAGAGAAAAGUCUGCAAAAGGAGGUGAAAAUAAAAAAGAAGAGAGAGACGACCCCCUCUCUCUCUUCUCUGUCAAUGGUGAAUUCGGUUUCUUCUUCUUAAUCACUUUCACAUUCUCUGCCUUCCUCCCCAUUGUCUACUUUGCGUUUUUGGCCUUCAAUUCCUCGGAGUUUUCUGCAUUCAAAUUCAAUAACUCACCGGAUAAAAGGGCAUAUAUCAAGGAGUUAGAAUACAGAGGUGAAAUACUCCAAGGUUUGAACUUUUGAAUGGGAAAUUGCUGUGCAACCCCUAAUGGUUCUUCUGGGAACAGGGCUAAGAAUAAAACUAAGAAACCUAAGAAUAAGGGAGCCAAGAAUAAGGGAAACCAGAAUAAGAGAAAUCAGAAUAAGGACAAGAAGAAGCCCAACCCCUUUUCCAUUGACAAUGGGGCAGAAAAUCAAGGGAGUGGGCAUUCUAACAACAAGCUUGUUGUGUUGAAAGAUCCCACGGGGCGUAAAAUCCACGAAAAAUAUGACUUGGGGCGUGAGCUUGGGAGGGGGGAGUUUGGGAUCACAUACUUGUGCACAGAUGUGGACUCAGGCGAGAAAUUCGCGUGCAAAUGCAUAUCAAAAAAGAAGCUGAGGACUGCUGUGGAUAUUGAGGAUGUGAGGAGAGAGGUCGAGAUCAUGAGGCACUUGCCAAAACACCCAAACGUUGUGACCUUGAAAGGCACUUAUGAGGAUGAUAACGCUGUGCACAUUGUGAUGGAAUUGUGCGAGGGAGGGGAGUUGUUCGACAGGAUUGUGGCGAGGGGACACUACACCGAGAGGGCGGCUGCAGGGGUUGUGAGGACUAUUGUGGAAGUUGUCCAGAUGUGCCACAGGCAUGGGGUGAUGCAUCGUGAUCUCAAACCUGAAAACUUCCUCUUUGCAAACAAGAAAGAGAUGGCUAUGUUAAAGGCGAUCGAUUUUGGGUUAUCUGUUUUCUUUAAACCCGGAGAGAUCUUUAAUGAGAUAGUUGGAAGUCCUUAUUACAUGGCUCCAGAAGUUCUAAAACGCAAUUAUGGCCCCGAGGUUGAUAUCUGGAGCGCUGGAGUUAUACUGUACAUUCUUCUUUGCGGUGUUCCUCCUUUCUGGGCAGAGACCGAGCAAGGAGUGGCUCAGGCAAUUAUUCGCUCGGUAGUUGAUUUCAAGAGAGAUCCUUGGCCUAAAGUUUCUGAUAAUGCUAAGGACCUCAUAAAGAAAAUGCUUGAACCUGACCCCAGUAAGAGACUUACUGCUCAGCAAGUUCUCGAACAUCCAUGGCUACAAAACGUAAAGAAAGCACCGAAUGUUCCAUUAGGUGAGACUGUUAAAGCAAGACUUAAGCAAUUUUCGGUGAUGAACAAGCUCAAGAAAAGAGCUCUUAUGGUCAUUGCUGAGUUUUUGUCGGUGGAGGAAGCUGCUCGUAUAAAGGAAGCGUUUGACACGAUGGACGCUGACAAGAAAGGAAAAGUAAACAUUGGAGAACUUAGAAUUGGCCUACAAAAGCUCGGUCAUCAGGUCCCCGAUCCAGAUCUUCAGAUCCUCUUGGAAGCUGCUGAUGUUGAUGGAGACGGAAGUUUGAACUAUGGGGAGUUCGUUGCUGUUGCUGUUCAUCUCAGAAGGAUGGCUAACGACGAGCAUCUGCACAAAGCUUUUUCAUUCUUCGAUCGUAAUAGGAGUGGUUACAUCGAGAUUGAAGAGCUGCGGGUUGCCUUGAGCGAUGAAGACGAUGGCAACAACGAAGAAGUAAUUAUAGCUGUCAUGCACGAUGUAGACACAGAUAAGGAUGGGCGCAUAAGCUAUGAGGAAUUCGCGACGAUGAUGAAGUCGGGUACAGAUUGGAGAAAAGCGUCCCGGCAGUAUUCAAGAGAGCGGUUCAAUAGCCUCAGCUUGAAGUUAAUAGGGGAUGGAUGCUUAAAGUUCGCAAAUGAGGGUAGAUGAACAAGAGAAAGGGGGUCAGGAAAACUCUCACAAUGUAUACAAGCAAGUUAUAUAUAAUGCAAAUUCCUUAAUUUUUA